AUGGUUGCAAGUACUCCUGGUGGCGCCAGCCAUAGUACCCCAGUUGUACAAGCGCCAGAAACCAGCAGGGUGGAAGAUGCCAGACAAAGUAUCACCACUCUGCAAAUAGUCAAAAAUAGCACCGGUAGUGCCUGCCGAAGUACUCCGGACGAGCAGCCAACAACCAGCAAAUCGGCGGCCGUUGCAGGCAGCAACCCCGCCUCUAAGAAAAGAAAACCCUCGGGCGUGGUCAUGAGACAGAUGUACCAGAAGGCACUGUAUAUGUUAAAUAAAAUUGACAAAAAUGCAGCGGCCGGUACGGUACAUGAGCGUGACGAGGAAGACAAGGCAAAAUACAGGCAAAUAGUGGAAGAGUACGAAAAGUUACAGACAGAUCGUGCAGCCACAAUCGAGGCCACCGAAGCGAAGAAGCGGAACCGCUCUCAUACCGAAGGCGGCCAAGGGGCCAUCGCAAAGAAGGCUAAGCAAGGUGGUGAUGCGGAGUCCGCGAAGCAUCGCUAUUUUAGUGACGUCGCCAGAGAUCAUCUACAGGCGGCGAUAAUAGAUGAAAAUAGCAAGACACCGCUAGCAGUGCAGCAAAAAUGGGUGGAGAUUGAUGUGAGGCUGUCGAGCCUCGUAAUGAACCACGUACUCGACAACCCCGAAGGUCCUCACCCAGAGUUCGACUCGUCGGAAUCCCUACGGGGAUACCGGGUAGUCAAGUGCGCGAACCAGUUCUCCCUGGAUUUCCUUGCUGGAUGCGUCGCUAAGAUCAGCGACACUUUUGUCGGCUUGAAGCUCAAGCUGAUCCCAGCUAAGGACAUUCCAAGGAGACCACGUGCGCGCAUUUGGCUGCCUCCGAUGGAUGAACCUGGCGAAAAGUUGCUGCGGUGUCUUAAGCUACAUAACAAAGACAUACCGGCGAUCGAGGAAUGGGAACUUAUAAAAGUUGAAGAGCCAAGAAGGCCUACAAAUAAGCCCAUUCUACUAGCUAUUUGUGCAGAGUCACUAGACGUCUUAGAGAAGGCUGACUAUCGGCUCUGCUUCGGUAUCCGUAAGGCUAGAGUGCGGGUCCUCGGAGAGGUUAGCCCGGUAGAAGAAGAUCCCGGGGUUGAUGGAGCUGGUGAGCUUCUCAUGGGUGUGAAGCUGACAGAUGACCCUGAACCGGAAACUUAA